AUGACUUCUUACAAGGUUCCAAUCGUGUCCAUCUUUGCGUGCCGGGUCCCUGAUUAUGGUAUCGGGGUAAAAGGGAAAUUGCCUUGGCGUUUAUCAUCAGACAUGACUUAUUUUAGAGAUGUCACAUCGUCAACGUUCGAGCCCGAUAAGCGUAAUGCUGUUGUCAUGGGGAAAAAAACCUGGGACUCAAUGCCUAAGCAAUUCAGACCACUUAAACACAGGCUAAAUGUUGUUGUUUCUCGUUCAUUCACCUCACAAUGGGAGCAUUCUGACAUUAUAAGAAGUAAUGACCUUUCAAAGGCUCUGCAAAGACUUUCUGACCAAUCUGAAGAGCUCAAACUUGAAAGAAUAUACGUCAUUGGUGGCGCGCAGAUCUAUGACCAGACCAUGCAUUUAUGUGACAAUCUGUUAGUUACCAAGGUAGAUCCCGUGACCGAUGAGGCACGUAGUUUAGAAAUAGACACUCAAUUGGACGGCGAAAGAAUUAAUAAGGAAUUCAAAGAAAAUCUAGAUAAACUAAGAGGCUUUAUUCCACCAUCAGUAACAUUACCACAGGUGGGGGUAUGGAGCGAAGAGCGAGGCCACAGACUACAAUUUAGCUUGUAUGAGCGCUCGUCAUAA